AUGCGCACCCGCCGCAACGUCCUCACCCCCACCCCACCCCGCCCCCAGGUGCGCAACCUGGUGGAGCAUGCCGGGCUGGAGGUGAGGACGUUGCGGCGGGUGCGCAUCGGCGGCUACCGCAUGCCCCGAGACCUCGCCUUUGGCCAGUUUGUGGAGCUGCGGCCGCACGAGGUGCGCCGCGUGCUCAACGUGGGCGCCGACAGGACGAUGUAG